GGGCUGCUCGGUGGGGCGCAGGCUUUCGGUGACGAGGAGGAGCGGCGUUGCGACGCCAUCCGUAUCGCCAUGUGCCAGAACCUGGGCUACAAUGUCACCAAGAUGCCUAACCUGGUGGGACAUGAGCUGCAGGCGGACGCGGAGCUGCAGCUCACCACCUUCACGCCCCUCAUCCAGUACGGCUGCUCCAGCCAGCUCCAGUUCUUCCUUUGUUCAGUCUAUGUCCCGAUGUGCACAGAGAAGAUUAACAUCCCCAUAGGUCCCUGUGGUGGCAUGUGUCUCUCUGUCAAAAGAAGAUGUGAACCUGUCUUAAAAGAAUUCGGAUUUGCCUGGCCAGACAGCCUGAACUGCAGCAAAUUCCCACCCCAGAAUGAUCACAACCACAUGUGCAUGGAGGGCCCAGGAGAUGAAGAGGUUCCCCUUCAUAGCAAGACCUCCUUGCAGCCUGGAGAAGAGUGCCACAGCAUGGGAUCUAACUCGGAUCAGUACAUCUGGGUGAAGAGAAGCUUGAACUGUGUCCUCAAGUGUGGCUAUGAUGCUGGUCUCUAUAGCAGGUCAGCUAAGGAAUUCACAGAUAUCUGGAUGGCUGUGUGGGCCAGCUUUUGCUUCAUCUCAACUGCCUUCACAGUCCUGACCUUCCUGAUUGAUUCAUCCAGAUUUUCCUACCCAGAGCGCCCAAUCAUAUUUUUGAGCAUGUGCUACAAUAUUUAUAGCAUUGCUUAUAUUGUAAGGCUAACUGUGGGCCGGGAAAGGAUAUCCUGUGAUUUUGAAGAGGCAGCAGAACCUGUUCUUAUCCAAGAAGGUCUUAAGAACACAGGAUGUGCUAUAAUUUUCUUGCUGAUGUAUUUUUUUGGGAUGGCUAGCUCCAUCUGGUGGGUUAUUCUUACACUGACAUGGUUUCUGGCUGCAGGACUCAAGUGGGGCCAUGAAGCUAUAGAAAUGCACAGCUCUUAUUUCCACAUUGCAGCCUGGGCUAUCCCUGCAGUGAAGACCAUUGUCAUUUUGAUUAUGAGACUGGUAGACGCAGAUGAGCUCACUGGUCUGUGCUACGUUGGGAAUCAGAACCUAGAUGCACUGACAGGCUUUGUUGUUGCUCCACUUUUUACCUACCUGGUCAUUGGGACUUUAUUCAUUGCAGCGGGACUUGUGGCCUUAUUUAAAAUCAGGUCUAAUCUCCAGAAAGAUGGAACUAAAACUGACAAGCUGGAAAGACUGAUGGUCAAAAUUGGUGUCUUUUCAGUGCUGUACACUGUCCCAGCAACAUGUGUCAUUGCCUGUUAUUUCUAUGAGAUCUCCAACUGGGCCAUUUUCCGCUAUUCUGCAGAUGAUUCCAAUAUGGCAGUGGAGAUGCUCAAAAUCUUCAUGUCCCUCCUGGUGGGUAUUACAUCAGGUAUGUGGAUCUGGUCAGCCAAAACUCUGCACACAUGGCAGAAGUGCUCGAACAGACUGGUGAACUCAGGGAAAGUGAAACGGGAGAAGAGAGCAGAUGGUUGGGUGAAACCUGGGAAAGGGAAUGAGACUGUGGUAUGAGAAAAAGACAAUACCCUGACAGUCUGACCACUUUCCAGUGAAGGACUGAUUGUGUGUAAGCACUGCCAUGUAAAUGUUGGUGUAGAAUAAGAUUGUUACAUAACCUGUCUCGGGGGGAUGGUAAAAAAAGCCUUAAAGAGUAAACAGCAAAAAGGUCAUGCUGCAGAUACAAUAGCCAUAAACCAUGCUGCCCAAAAUAGAAAAGCCCAGGGAGGCUUUAGAAGCUGUGAAACAUCCAAAUGCAUUAUCUUCCUUUUAAAAGCAGGAUGCAAUAUACUAAAGUCUUUAGAAGCUGAGGGACUCUAGUCCACUGCUGUGAGAUCAUCAUUUUAUAUCUGAUGGAGGAAAGGCAGUCCAGAGAAAAAUUCUAGGCUGAUUUAGGGUCCAAUUAUUAGAAGAUAAUAACCCAGAACCUCAGUUAGAUGUCUUCUUUCCAAGUGCAGCAUCGUGAGGGAAGGUGUCUAAUAAGUAUCGUGUCUUUGUGACCCAGGCAAUUCUGCUCCUCCCGUGCACUGCACAAACUGGCCAAGGAUCAGGUCCUUCAACACAUACCAAGUGGACUUUCAGAUCUGAGCGUUACCCAUGAUGAGUAGGAUUUAGUGAGGUAUUAGUGAGUGUGAUUCUAUGAGCAGGAAUUUAGACCUCCCUAGGUCCCUUCCCACCUGAAUUAUUCUAUGGUUCAAUCUAUAUUUCUAAUUUUUAAAAAGCUUUAUUCAAGGCCAUUGUCAGAAGUGGAGGAGUCAGUGGGAGCUGGGUAAUUUGUGUAGUCACCUGUGUCAAUUAAUUGCUGUCCAUCUGCCUUUGUUCCUGUCCCUUCAGAUCUUCCUGCUAUUUCCAGUGGUCUGUUUUAUUCUGCUGCAUUUAAUAGCUUUAAAUAAAGUCUUAAAUUAUAGUAUUCCUUCCUCCAGGAAAGGGAAAAAUGAGUUGAGGCUCUCUUCAGACAAUGCUAGUUUUCUCCAAGAAAACUUAUCUGUCUCUCUCUGGAGACCAAUUGCAAGAAGCAAUUAAGUCUUAAUAUAUUUCAUUCAGUGUGAUGGUAUCUCUGCAGACGCCAGUCUGGGAAGAAGCAAAAUGUUAAGUCCCUUGGCAACCUCAUGUUCACACAGAUCAGUUGUAUAAUUAUGUGUGCCAGUUACAAUUAAAAGAACAUUCUCAGCCCAUGACAUCACAGUACAGCUGACAGCCUUCACAAAUGAUGCUCUGAUUGCUUACUGACAGCUAUGGAGAUUUUUUUUUUUAAAUACAUAUUUACAUGCAGAAUGUGAGCAGACAUUCAGUCAGAAUGACAAGAGACAUUUCCAGCUUUUGGGAAGGGACCUCAAGAAAAGAGAUUCAACUUCUUGGUGAAUAAUGUUGUUUCGUAGCAACUGUUGAGUUUUCUUGUCCUUUUAUUUGAGGAAGCAUUGGCUUGUGCUCAUGGGGAGCUUGAACCUUGUGUCAGGACCUUGUUUGGCUAAUAAGAAAGGUGAUGCAAAUAGAAAUAGCACAGAAGCACUUGAGAACAUUUUUUUUUUUUCCCUUUGAAGGACCUUUGGGUUUAUCUGUAUGCCCUGAACUUACACUUUGUCUGGAACCUGGUCAGCUGCGGAGCAUCCCCCCAGUGCCCCAACAUGCAUGACCUUUGGGGGCAGUGGAAAACAGGCAUUGCUUUAUUACAGUCUUUGCUUUUCACACAGGUGCCCCAUGUGCUUCCCUAACCACAAUCCAUUCCAGCUCUGGCCCUGAGUACUAAUCUGUCCCAGAAGCGUGUAUUGUUUCAAUGUCAAUGUUGAAACAUGUGCUAAAGCACUUAAAAAAAAGAAAAAUAAAAUAAAAAAAAGCCCAAAACAAGCCCUAAUUGCAGUCUUUGUGGUUAGGCUCCAUUUCCAGCAGAACAAGUGACAACUUGAUGCAUUCUGCUCAAGAUGCACAAGCGUUGUCUUGGCCAGUGCUGCAUAUCAGCCAAGCCUUUUCGUCCUCUCCAUAAAGUCUCUCACAGUUGGUGUUGUGUUUGGAUCUGGUUAUUUCUCUGUGGACAAGGAGUUAGGCAAGUAGGAGAUCUUCUGAUGGCCAAGCUUCUGCAUUGUGGGAUCUUUCUCCUGGCUCAGUGGGGGAUGUAAGGUCAGCAGCUCUGUGUUGAUUUUCAAGCGGCAAGGACGCAGUAGGAGCCUUUUCUUGUAACCUGGUGGGUUGUGCUAAGGUGUCACAUUCACUUAAGAGUCCUUCGCUCUGAAAUGGUUUGGAUACUCUCCUGGCUGAUAUGACCCAUGUUUGACCUGACUGAUUCAAUAAACACCAUUUUUAACCGUGUUAUGUACACAGAAGUGAAUGUUAAGUAGUGCCUUGUUAUCAGGUCCCUGCAUCUCUGCUUCUGACCCCAUGGACUGUGACAGAUGGGCGUCACUGGUGAUUUGAGACAUUGGAAGUGAAUUGAAUGAGGACAGCAAUGUGUAGCCCAAUGAGAGACCUGGGGGAAUAUUCUAUUAAAGAGUAUCAGGGACUAAUACUAUGGGGAGGAAGUGGGCUGGAGAGAGACACCAGCUGCUGCUCCCAAAGGAACAUCUUUUCCAAGCAGUCUAGGGGACACUGUACCAACCCAAAGUGAAAUUGCAACAAUGUUGCAACAAUGAAAUCAUUCCAUAAACGUAUAUUCAUCCAUGAGCACUUUACUGCUUCAGGGAUGUUUGAGUGGGAAGUCACGGCAGAAUGCCUUAAACACAGCAAUUGCAAAGAGUGGGUGUCUGCAACUUGUAUGUUCUCUCAUUUCAACAUUGUUAUGAAUUUAAGGCCAAAAAAUGUGUGACUAAUCCUGUCUCGGAAGUGCAGUUGCUGUGGUUAUACAACUAGAAUCGUUGCAGCAGUUACCUUCCUUGUGCAGUCCCUGCUCACUUCUCCCCGCCUUAGCACGUGCGCCUCUCACUGCAGGUUUUGGAAUCAUCUGCCAGAGAGGUACAAGCCUUAGCUCUUAUGUUAAAGAGACAAGUUAGCUCCUUUUUCUGAAUUUUAAGGAAACAAACACUGAUUAU